AUGUCACCUGCAGCAAAGAUCUUACAUGAACAUAAUUAUGCUAGAUGCAACGAAGAACCACAAGAUGAUGAAGAUUUAACCGAGGACGCGCAGGAUGAAGAACCAGAUAGAUCUGAAUUACAACAGAAAUUAAGACAAAAAAUUAAGAGUUUACCACAGCAACUGAGACGAUCUAAGAAAAAAAUUACAGAGCAUGAAAGAUCUCAUUUUACAUUUACAAGAAAAAUUGGUCAUAAGCACAGAACAGGCAGGUAUACUCCAUGCAGCAUUUGACAACCUACAGUUAUCGCUUUUUCAAAAUGCAAAAGACAACUUAAGCAGUACACCAACAGAUAGAAGAUACUCUGACGAAGUGAAGGAAUUUGCACUAACAUUAUAUUUUUAUUCUCCCAAAGCAUACCGGUAUGUUAGGUCUAUAAUUCCACUACCAAAUCAAACUCUCCUUCGGAAGUGGUCAUCGUCUGUUAACUGUGAACCAGGCUUUUUUAAGGAAGUAUUUACUGCCUUGGCAAGUAAAGUCAGCAGAGAUGCUAUUAAAAAGGAUUGCUGCUUGAUUAUUGAUGCUAUGGCCAUCAGAAAACAAACAAUAUGGGACACAAAGAAGGAUUGUUAUGCUGGUUUUGCGGACUAUGGCCAGGGAGGACCGAUCCUUGAUGAUCCGGAGACGUUAGCUUCGGAAGCACACGUUUUCCUGCUGGUUGAAGCUAGAAGCCAUUGGAAAUGCCCAAUUGGCAACUUCCUUACUGAUAAGAUCUCAUCUACAUACCAGGCACAAUUGAUAAACAUGGCACUCGAAAUGGCAGCUGAGGCAGGGUUAAAGGUAUGGUCUAUAACGGCAGAUGGAACGUCAGUCAACCUAAGCAAUUUCCGGAAGCUAGGCUGUCAAUUCGGCACAACAUACGACACCAUUGAUCCAAAAUUUAAACACCCCACCACAGGAGAAGAUGUAUUUGUUGUUACAGAUCCAUGUCAUAUGCUGAAACUUGCUAGAAAUGCAUUUGCACACCUUGGCACAAUUAUUGAUAAUGAAGGGGAAAAAAAUACAGUGGCAGAAUUUUCAGCAACUGUACCUCCUUCAAGAACAGAAGGGAUUGAAGAUGGGCAACAAGUUAUCACCCAACCACAUCAAAUUCGAAAAGCACAAAAUGAAUGUUCGGCUAGCAGCUCUGACGUUAAGCUCUUCAGUGGCUGA